UAAAGUUUCUCUGUUCGUUUAUACUUUUACAGUUCGAACCUGUGAACUUCGCGCUACUAACGUGUCGCAAGUUUUUAAUUUAUACAGAUUUGCACCAUCCUAUAUACGUUUCGUAAAUAUUUUUGAAAAUAGAUUUAGAUGAUUCUCAAGGUAUUUUUCAUUUAUUGCGUUGUAUGGGGGCUAGCGCAAUCCACCGAUAAUGACACUUACAGAUUGCCAACAAAUAUUAUCCCAGAGCAUUAUACGCUCGACGUUAUUACAAACUUCGACGAUGAUUUCAAAUUCAAUGGACAUGUUCAAAUCGAGACGAAAUGCGUAGAAAGCACUGAUCAAAUAAAUCUGCACAUGAAAAAUUUAACCAUCGACGAAGACACAAUAUCGAUCAAGGAUAUUACAACCAACAACCCCGUAAAAAUAGAUGUGAUAGAAGAAGACGAAGAAAAAGAAUGGAUGAUAAUACACACGAAAGAGCCAUUGGAAGAUGGAAAAAAGUACCUGAUCAGCAUUAAAUUCGAAGGAAGACUGAGCAAUAGUCUGAGCGGAUACUACAGGAGCCAAUACGAGACAAAGAACGGAGAGAAAAGAUGGUUGUCUGUGACACAAUUCGAACCUACCUAUGCCAGGAAGGCAUUCCCUUGCUUCGAUGAACCAUCCAUGAAAGCCACCUUCAAGAUCAGCCUAGGCAGGAAGGAUGGGUACAUAGCCUUGAGCAACAUGCCAUUGGAAGCAACGAAACCAAUCAUUGGAAUGCCUGGAUGGUAUUGGGACAUCUUCCAAAAGUCAGUUCCCAUGUCGACUUACCUUGUUGCUUACACGAUUUCCGACUUCGGCCAUGUGAUGUCUCCGCUGAAAGAUCUAGGCAAUAAUGUCACCUUCAACAUUUGGGCAAGGAAGGAUGCCCUGGAUCAGGUCGACUUCGCCAACAGCGUUGGACCCAGAGCGUUGGCCUUCUACGAGGAAUUCUACGAUCUUCCCUAUCCCCUUCCGAAGCAGGACAUGAUUGCCAUUCCGGAUUUCAGCGCAGGAGCCAUGGAGAACUGGGGUCUCAUCACUUACAGGGAAACUGCCCUUCUUUACGACAAGGACAGUUCGACUACGCAGAGCCGGCACAGGGUGGCCAGCGUCAUCGCCCACGAACUGGCCCACCAGUGGUUCGGAAAUUUGGUUACGAUGAAAUGGUGGACGGACCUGUGGCUGAACGAGGGAUUCGCCACCUACAUGGCUGCCCUGGCCAUCGACCAUCUGUAUCCGGAAUGGAACUCGCUGGAAGAGAGCAUUGUGGACGGAGCCAUCAGCGUGUUUUACAUUGACGCUCUGAAGUCUUCUCAUCCCGUUUCCGUGAAAAUCGAUAAUCCCGACCUGAUAUCAGAAAUUUUCGAUACCGUGUCCUACGAGAAGGGAUCUUUCCUCAUUCGAAUGAUGGGUUUGUUUUUGGGCGAGGAAUCUCUGAAAGAAGGUGUCAACAGUUUCCUGAAGGAGCAUAAAUUCGGCAACGCUGACCAAGACGACCUUUGGAAAAGCUUGACGACAGCAGCACACAAAAACAAGGCAAUGUCGCCCGAUAUGACAGUCAACACAGUGAUGGAUUCUUGGACGCUGCAAACCGGAUAUCCGGUUGUGACAGUUACCAGGAAUUACAAGGACGGUACAGCAACUUUGACGCAGGAGAGGUUCUUCAGAGACACGAUUAGGGCUAGAAAUGGAUCCGCGGAAACAUGCUGGUGGAUCCCAGUAAGUUACACCACAGAGCGGGAAAUGGAUGUGAACACAACAACUCCGAAAACCUGGAUGACUUGUCCUCUGAAAGAAACCACCAUCACCGGUCUGCCAUCUGACGGUUGGCUGCUUCUCAAUCUACAGCUCGCGUCCCUGUACAAAAUAAACUACGACGAACAGAACUGGAAUCUUCUGUCCAGCACAUUGAGAAGUGAGGAUCUGGAGAACAUUCCCGUCUUGAACAGAGUUCAAAUAAUCGACGAUGCUUCUGAGUUUGCUUGGGUUGGACUUAUCAAAUACCAACUGCUCUUCGAUAUUCUUGGAUACCUCAAAAAUGAAACUCAGUACUCGCCUUGGUUGACAGCAAUUGAGAAUCUCAACGUUUUGGACAUUCAAACGAUGCAAUACCCAACCCAUGACCUUUUCAAGAAAUACAUGAGGAAUCUUCUCUAUCCUCAAUUCGAGAAGUUUGGCAUGAGAAUAAGCACCGAAAGUGAGAGAUUGGAUACAGUGAGUCACCAGGAAAUGAUCAUCAGAAAGUCCUGCAUGUACGGCAUCUCAGGAUGUCUACAGGAAGCCAAGCAACUUUUCUCAAAAUAUCAGAAUAGUUCUGAAACUGAGAAUCCGAUUCCUAAGGAUAUACGUCGUUCUGUCUACUGUUACGGUGUGAAAGAAGGUGGUGAAAAUGAGUGGAACUUCCUGUGGAACCGAUACAAGAAGGCCAACCUAGCCAGCGAAAAGAACCUGUUGAUGAGGGCGUUGGGCUGCACCAAGAACACCGAACUGUUGAGACGUUACUUGGAGUUAACUAUACAGGAAAACUCCGGCAUAAAACGUCAAGAUGCCUCGACGGUGUUCGCAGCAGUCCUCACCAAUAGCAGAGGAUUCGAGAUCGCCAAGAACUUCUUGUACACCAGCUUCAACGCAAUUUACGACUACAAUGAAGGCGAUUCGAAUAUAUUCAAUAGAUAUUUGAAGCCCUUGGCUAAGUACAUGACCAAGCCAGAGGAUUACCAAGAGUUCAAAAAUUUCCUUUCGACGAACGAGGACAAGCUGUCGGAGAUAAACCAGAGCAUCAAACAGGCUGUAGAAACGGUUCAACUAAACAUGCAGUGGCAAGCAAAAUACCAAGAUGAGAUUCAGAGAAUACUAGAAGUGCUAACAACCGACUACAAAGUUUAAUUUAGAGUCCAACUGCUUACUUAAUUCGCAUAGGUCGAUCUAAAGAUCUCAAUUAAAUUAUUGUAUAUCGAAUCGACCUGAUUUCAGGAGAUUGUGUUGGUUCAAAAGGUGAUCCGACCAUUCUGUCACUUUAUCGAUUCGGUAAGAUGUCUAGUAAGUUGAUUUUAUUUGUUUUACCGUCCAUUAGGAUAACAGUGAUGCAUGUAGUGAAGAUGUCAAUAUUUUUUCGAUAUCAGCCAAAUAAACCUACAUUAAAAUA